GCUCCACGUUUCUUUUCAUGGCUUCUUCUUCUUCUCCUUCCUCAAUUUCCUCGCUCUUCGCCACCUCCCAAAGCCAUUCAAUUUUAUACCAACACUGUUUCAACAAACCAGAAGUAACCUUCGCAGAUAGAAAUGAAGCUGUACGUGUAUCUACUGGAAGGCAGAGAUUUGGCCGCCAAAGCCUCAUACGCGAAGCUCCACGUUGGGAAGUCCAACUCCGAGACUAGAGUUUUGAGAGACGCCAAAAACCCAGUUUGGAACGAGGAGUUUGCUUUCAGGGUACAUGAUAUUGACGAUGAGCUUGUGGUCUCUGUGUACCGCCAUGAAGACGAACCUUCUGGGCUCUUCAGUUCCUCUGGGAGCUUGAUGGGUCGGCUUCGGAUUCCCAUAAAAUCCAUUGCCGCCGAGGAGAAUCACAAUUUACCCCCCACCUGGUUUUCUCUCGAAAGGCCUAAAGCCAAAGCUUCAAAAACCGUCGACAAAGAUUGCGGAAAAAUUCUUCUCGCUAUUUCAUUGCAUGGAAGAGGCCAAGACAUUUCCACUGACCACAUUUUUUAUGAAGAUCCAAGUGUAAAGAAUAUAGAUUCUAAAGAACAGGAAGGUUCCCAUGUCACGUCUCAAGUUAUUAAUAGCUGCGCUGCUUCAUCUUGGAAGAUCCUAGAUAGAAACCCAGUUAUAAAAGCUAUUAAAGGCCGUUUGGAGACGCUUUUUCAUAGAAGCGAGGAUAACUCUAGAAACAGUGAUUCCUCAGAGCAGUCUACCAUGCUGUCCGAUUAUGAGGAUUGCGCAGAAGAACCUCAAACUAGUUAUAGCUUUGAAGAAGCUUUGGAGAAGAUGCAGUCACUAAGCAGUGGAACAGAAAUGCCCGAGUCCUUGCCAGGCGGCAUUCUUGUUGACCAGACCUACAUGUUGUCAUCUAAAGAACUCAACUUAUUCCUUUUUGCACCUGGUUCACAGUUUAGGAGAGACCUUGCAGACUUGCAAGGGACAACAGACAUUCAAAUGGGGCCUUGGAUCUGGAAAUCGGAAGGCACAUCAUGUUUAACGAGGGUUGUUGCCUAUAGAAAAGCUGCAACAAAGAUGGUUAAGGCUGUUAAGGCCACUGAGGAGCAGACCUACAUUAAGGCAGAUGGAAGGGAAUUUGCAGUUCAUGUAAAUGUGAGCACGCCGGAAGUUCCAUAUGGCAAUACAUUCAAGGUUCAAAUCCUUUACAGUAUGUCACCUGGACCACAGCUAUCCGCAGGUGAGGAAUCCUGUCGACUUGUAAUUUCCUGGGGCAUAGACUUUGUUCAGACCACAAUGAUGAAGGGCAUGAUUGAAGCAGGUGUUCGACAGGGCCUAAAGGAGAGUUUUAUGGAAUUUGCCAGCUUGCUGGCUCAGAAUGUCAGGCCAGUAAAUUCUGAUAGUUUAUUAGACAAGGAUCAUAUGUUGGCAACACUGGAAGCCGAGCACAAAUCUGAUUGGAAGUUGGCAAUUGAGUACUUCUGGAAUUUUCCCGUGAUUUGUGCUGUUUUCGGAAUUUCCUAUGUCUUUCUUCAUUUCCUACUUUGUAGACCUCGGGAGCUGCAAGGGUUGGAAUUUAACGGUCUUGAUCUGCCAGACAAUUUUGGAGAGCUCAUCAGCAGUGGAGUUCUAGUCAUUCUAUUACAGCAUGUCUAUAACAUGGCGUCACAUUUUGUACAAGCUAGGUUCCAAAGAGGAAGUGACCGUGGAAUCAAAGCUCAAGGUGAUGGGUGGGUUCUCACUGUUGCUUUGAUUGGGGGAAUGAACUUGGCGUCGUCGGAUCCAACGGGUUUGCCAGAUCCCUAUGUGGUUUUCACCUGCAAUUGUAAAACGAGAACAAGCUCCAUCAAGCUUCAAACUCUGGAUCCUAAAUGGAAUGAGGUACUUGAGUUUGAUGCUACUGAAGAGCCACCCUCAGUGUUGGAUGUGGAGGUUUUUGAUUUUGAUGGUCUAUUUGAUCAGGCCGCCUCUCUUGGCCGUGCAGAGAUAAAUUUCUUAAAACAUACUUCUACAGAAUUGGCUGACAUUUGGGUGUCCCUUGAGGGGAAACUUGCUCAGUCUGCUCAGUCGAAGUUGCAUCUUAGGAUAUUUUUGGACAACAACAAUGGAGUUGAAACUAUUAAAGAGUACUUAACAAAAAUGGAAAAGGAAGUUGGGAAGAAGUUGAACCUUCGGUCACCACACAGAAACUCAACAUUCCAAAAAAAUUUUGGUUUGCCACCAGAAGAAUUUCUUAUCAGUGAUUUCUCUUGCUCGUUAAGAAGAAAGAUGCCAUUACAGGGACGCUUUUUUCUAUCUGCAAGAAUUGUGGGGUUUUAUGCCAACGUGUUUGGACAUAAAACCAAAUUUUUCUUUCUCUGGGAGGACAUUGAUGAAAUACAAGUGCUUCCUGCAUCUCUAGCAUCCAUGGGCAGCCCUCAGUUGGUCAUGGUUCUUCGUAGGGGCCGGGGUCUUGAUGCCAGGCAUGGUGCAAAAUAUCAAGAUGAAAAUGGCAGGCUUCACUACUAUUUUAUGUCAUUUGUGUCAUUCCAUGCUGCUAGUAGGACAAUCAUGGCCUUGUGGAAGUCAAGAACGCUAACUCCAGAUCAGAAAGCACAAAUUAUAGAAGAGCAGCAGGGUGACGAUGGAGAGUCCAAGUUACUUGAAGAUGCUGGGUCCUAUUUGUUGGUUGAAGAUGCAAGAAUGUCCAAAGUCUACUCUGCGGAACUUCCUGUGAAAAUGAAAUCAUUGAUGAAAAUGUUUGAUGGGGGAGACUUGGAAAACAAAGUGAUGGUAAAAUCUGGUUGCUUGAGUUAUGUCACGACGGAUUGGGAACCUGUAAAGCCUCACGUGUCUGAAAGACGUUUGUAUUACAAGUUUAACCGCCGAUUCUCAAUCUAUGGAGGGGAAGUAACUUGCACACAGCAGAGAUUGCCCACUUCAAAUGGGGAAGGUUGGAUCGUCAACGAGGUCAUGGUCUUACACGAUAUCCCAUUCAGCGAUCACUUUCGUGUCCAUUUCAAGUACCAGUUCGAGAACUCUGAUGUUACCCACAGUUCUUGCAAGUUCGAUGUUUAUGCUGGCGUCAAAUGGCUGAAGAGUAGCAAGUUCCAGCAGAGGAUCACCCGAAACAUAAUCGACAAGUUCACUCGCCGGUUAAAGGACACAUUUGAAUUGGUGGAAAGGGAGAUUUUAUUAGCAGAAGAAGGCUCCAUCAGAUGAUGAUUACUUAAAACCAUCAAAGGAGGAGGUCAGACUCUUUGUCGAUUUCCAUUUUAUCAAUGUCCUACUCAAUUUUCACGGUCUUGACUCCUGGAGCCUGAUGAACAUGCCCCUAAUAUACACACACAUGGGGGCUUGCUUUAGGUUCUGUUCCGUAGGGUUAUUGGGGCCGAUUGGAAGGCUUUUCGAUUUUAGUUUUCAAUGGUCGUUUUCACUAUUUUUGGUAAUCCUUGGUUUCGUUUGGUUUUUCAUUUUGGAUGUCAGAAGCUUCCAUGGCCCAUGUACUUAGAGAUGAAAUGCUACUACAACGAAUUAAGUGGCGGAAGAAACCGAAGGAAUAGAAGUUUCCAUCAUCAAUACUUAGUGAGAUUUAAGUUGGAACAAGAUAUGCUAUGAUCCCAUGAUGGUUAAAAUUGGCACUUGCACCCCCCCACCCCACCCCUCCCCCAUGGUAAGCCACUAAGCCAGAGAAGGAUAACUUUUUAGAUUCAAUUUGCGCUUCAGUACUAAAACAAAUUGAAAAUUUGACCGGGCAUGUCAAUGUUGCUGCAAAUGAUAUGGUAUAAAUACGAGGAUUGCCGAUUGCAUUUACUGAGCCGUGAUAUUGUUUUAUAAAAAAACCAACUCUCUUU